AUGGUUCAUUGGCAAUUACUCAUCAUUUUAACCUUAUUCAUAUCGGCUACGUGUCUGAUAUGGCCAGACGAUAAUGACAAUGAUAUCACAAAAAUGUGUUUUCAUUUUGCGGGUUUAUUCGAUGGUGAUUUGAGAUGUUCUAAAUAUUGUGAAAGCAGAGGCAAAGCUGGGGGAACGUGUACUAAAAAACGAUGUGUUUGUAAGGAAAAGAAUAGCGACGGAGACAAUAGCGGCGAGGGUAACCAAGAGAAUCAACAAUUGACAGGCUUUAUAAAACCAAAUUUAAACAUUAAAUGCCAGUUGGGUUCAAUGAUAUGCCGAGUAAAUUGCAAACAAACGGGUAAACCAGAUGGGUCGUGUAUUAAUGGAGUUUGUACCUGCUCAAGUUAA